AUGGCGUCCGCGGUUCGCGCGUUGCGGUGGGCGGACGACGACGAGACGUGGGACGACGCGACGACGGGGACGACGGAUGCGAAGGAAAACGCGCGAACGCGCGAGAGAGAUGGGAAAGCGACGGCGACGCGCGCGAGACGAGGGCUCGGCGCGUUGGACGUGAACGUCGUGGACGAUCGAGGGGCGUCGCCGGGGUCGGUGGCGCGAGCGGUUUUCGCGGGGUCGACUCCGGGAACGAUGAGCGCGAAACACGCGUCGCGGACGCGCGCGAUCGAGGUGGAUGAAGACGACGCGGAGGAGGAUGCGGCGUCGACGAUGAUGUUGGAGACGUCGUUUGAUUUGGGACUCGGGCUCGAUCUGGACGAUGCGUCGGCGUCGCCGAGCGAACUGGACGCGUCCGAGCGUGCGGCGCCGACGCCGUUGAACACGCCCGCGGACGGCGCGCGAUUCGGCUCGUUCGGCUCCCCCGUGGUCGCGUUUGAGUCUCCCAUCGUCGGUGCGCGAACGAAAGAGGAGCUCCGAGUGAUGUUGGCGAAGAUUGUGGACGAGAUGGAGAUUGAUUUCGACGACGCGUUCGACGGGGACGUCUUUGAGAAGACGCGCGAGCUCGCGGUCCGCGCGAAGAAGCCCUCAACGUUGACGAUGCAAAUUCCAGUGAUCACGGCAGUCUUUGCACUCGGUAUCAUCGCGAGCGUGUUUUACGCGAGUUGGCCCGCUCGAGACGUCGCGGUGAACAUCGAGGGCUCGGCGUUCUCGCACGCGUGGCUUUUUGGAGCGGGCGCGAACUGGCGCGAGUUCGGCGUCAUCGGUGGUGAAUCGUACGGUCGGUUGAUGCGAGCGAACGAGAUGAUGGCGCGUCGCACACGACGAGGAGAACUCAUCCGAGUCGUCGCUCACGUCUUGUUUCGUGCGCCAAAGGUCUUGGCGUACGCGAGCGCAGUAUCCGCCACCGUCGCCGCGGUUGGAAAAAUCAUUGACGAGGGAGCGAGAGCGCUCGAUCGCUACGUCGCGAGCACGAGCGCGUGCAUGAUGGCCGUACAGGACGAAUCGAAUACGGCCGACUCGGACGACGUGGUGAAUUUCGUCGUCGCGUCCAGGACGCCGACGAUUCAUCCGCAAACCAGAGUGGACUCGGCGUUAACGCGUGAUGACGUUUUGGAUGAUGAAUCCGACGCCCUCUUCGAGGGAUUUUUCGCGGUGAUGCACGUGUAA